UGUUACGGGUGCGGCGUCGCGCUGCAGACGAAGGAUGAAUCGAUCGCGGGGUACGUCGAUGCGGCGGAGUACGCGACGAAGGCGGUGCACAGACAUUACGACAUGAUGCUCUGCGCGCGGUGCGCGGCGCUGAGCAACGGGAAAUUCGUAAACGCGGUCGAGGGGCAGGGCGGGUUGAAAGCGGCGCCCGGAUUGAUCACGCCGAAGCAGCUCAGAGAUCAACUGAAACCGAUCCGGGAGAAAAAGGCGCUGGUGGUGAAGGUGGUGGAUGUGACAGAUUUUCAUGGGAGCUUUCUGAAAAAGGUGAGAGACGUCGUCGGCGGGAAUCCGAUUCUCCUCGUAGUGACAAAGGUUGAUUUGUUAGAUUCGAAAACGGACCUCGAUGCACUCGUGGAGUGGGUCGGGCGCGAAGCCGAGACGCGACGGCUUUCACUGGCGGGAAUCGCGCUCGUGAGUUCUAGGAAAGGAUCUGGGAUGCGCGACGCCGUACUACAGAUGAUGCGCGAGCGAAACGGUCGCGAUGUCUACGUCCUCGGCGCCGCGAAUGUUGGCAAAAGCUCAUUCAUUCGGGCCGCGAUGGAUGAGCUGCGAUCGGCUGGUAAUUAUUUCGCACCUUCUAAGCGACUUCCCGUGGCGAGUGCGAUGCCAGGAACGACGCUCGGAGUGAUACCGUUGAAGGCGUUUGAGGGUAAAGGCAUAUUGUUCGACACACCUGGUUUGUUCUUACAUCACAGACUGAACUCUUUGCUCGGGCCUGAUGAUCUUUCGACGAUGAAACUCGGCGCGUCAUUGAAAAAGUUCGUGCCAAAGACGCCUGAAUGCGCCGAGCCGCCUGGGUUUGAUUCUUUUCAAGGGUACUCGUUGUGUUGGGGUUCGUUCGUGCGCGUGGACGUCGUGCGGUGUCCACCGAACGUAGCUUUUUCGUUCUACGGACCCAAAUCGCAGCGUGUGGAUAUCAUCAAGACCUCGGACGUUCCACCGACGACGCCUGGACAAGAAGAAGCGGCAUUGCGCGUGGUGAAUGAGAUCGACUUUGUACCGCCGACGAACGUAGUCGGCCCUUUGGUCGAUCUUUCGGUGUCUGGUCUAGGGGGCUGGAUUCGCGUCGAAAAAACGGAUAGUAGAGGCGAUGGUGCCAUUCUGGCUCGUGUGUAUGGUGUUCGUGGCUUAGAGGUUUUCGCUCGCGACGUCAUGCCGACGCCUUGA